GCUCUGAUAGAUCUCUUGUAAGCAUACAAAUACAGUUUGUUCCUUUUAUUCUAAUGAUAUGGACUUGUAUAAUAUAAGGCCCUGUCAACAUUAACUCUCCGAAAUAGCGUAAUGCUGGAACAGUGUCCUGCACUGUUUUCACUAAAAUGGGUGUUGGAUUAAGCCGAUGUGUUGUGUGACAGCUAAACGCUGGGAACGUGAAUUACCCCUCGUAUGAGCCCCGCCCGCUUAUUGUGGAGCCUGCUAUAUUGAUAAAUGACGUAAGUGUUCAGUGAAAAUAAAACGGUUGCUUUCCCGGGGUCAGCCUGAAAACGUUUUUCUCAAUACGGUGUUAAACGCGGCACAGUUCGCGCCAGCCAAUGACACCCGACAAAGAGCAAGGGAAAGGCCGACGGCCAAUUUCGUCACGCCCUGAUACCUCAACGCUCAGGUGAUAAUCAACAGUUAACACCUCUACCGUGUUGUGAACAGCGGCCUUGUGGUACUCAAGACAGACAGAGGAAAUGGGGACCCUUCUCUCGACCGAUGAAGGGUAAGAAAACGACCUGAGGGAUGGUGCUGGCGACAUGAACUCGAGGUGUAUCACGCGACUAAUGGCUUUGUCUGCUGUCGUUUCGGACCAGGGGUGGUAUUAAAUGCCUGCGAAGGCUUAAUUGAAAGAAAGCCAUGGACCUAAGCAAUUUACUUCGAGCCUUCAAAAUUCGCCAGACACGACGGUUUGGCAUUUUUCUGCUUUGUCUCUUGGGCGUUGUGGUGCUACUAAUGAGAAACGAUGCUGGACGAGACUUUCAGGCUCUGGAAACGGGAACCGAGCCGCGUUUGCGACGGCUGCAAUCAGACAAAUACUCAGACACUGUGAAUACCAGUGACGAUGUCAAAAGACGCCAGUCAAGAGAUUCCGACUCUUCGCGAAAUCCAACUAUCGAAGCAAAAGAUCGGUUCUCUAUGACAUAUGAAAUGGACGGUAUUGUAUUUCUUGGGAAUGUGUCUUCCCUUACCUUCCGCACGAACGUUACGUCCUCGCUGGUGUAUUCGUUUUCCCCUGGCGUUGAAAAACGAGUUGCACAAAUGUUUCCCGAUCCGCCUCACCAAAAUGUAUUCUUUGCCAAUAGCCCCGCCAUCACGUGGUACAACGGUGAGCUGGUAGCCAUAUUGCGCAUCUGGCUAGACAAAGAGAAAUACGAAGACAAGAAAAAUUACCCCUAUAACAGCUUUCAGGACAAUUAUUUUUAUGUCCAGAAAUUUGACCAAAAUUUAAAACCGAUCACAAAUGGCUCUCUAAUGGGCAUUCCGGCACCAAAGAACUUCUGGAUCGGUGAUGGACCUAUAGAACCGAGACUGUUCAAAGUAGGGAGUGAUGUUUUCGUGUCUCUGAACACGGGGAUAUUUUUCCAGAACGGCGAUGUUUUGGAUUAUACACUGAUGUGGGAUUAUGUGAGAGAAAAAGUUAUCGUACCUCAGAUAACAAAUGGUGGAGUAAAACCCCGACCAAUGGACAAGGGUAUCCCUCGAGAUAAACACUGGGCGGCCUACAAUGACCAUGGGACAUUAUAUUUUGUUCACAAUUUAGAUCCUCUACGAAUCAUGAUGUGCUCAAGACAAAUGGUGUGCUCUUUUGUCCACUUUGAAGACCCGAGUUAUCAGUUUCAAGAUCUCGGUAACCAUUUGCGAGGAGGCACUCCAUUCGAGUUGUACAGCUACCCGUACUAUAUAUCCGUCGCACACUGUACUCUGUUCAAAAAGCGGGUGGACAAUCUGACGCGUAGAUAUUAUACGACUCACAUAAUUGUGCUUCAUGCGGAACAAAGGCGUGUAGUCUAUGUAAGUGAUAAUAUCAGAAUCCAUCAGGACAUCAUGAAAAGUGUUCCUAUUGUACGUUAUAAGUACAUAGAAGAUCCCUUCAUAUUUCCCGUCGGUCUGAUCGUCGAGGGCGAUGACACUCUGUAUAUCGGGGUGCAUAUAAACGACUACAGCAGUGUACUUUUGAGAUUAAGAGGCUUGAAAGGAAUAAUGCAAAAUGUGAUUGCUUCCGACAAAUCUCACCAAUCGCAACGAGGGCCGAACACGGGAGCCCUUCACGAGUAUGUUCGCAGAGCGGCUAAACGUGCAACUGGCGCCAACUUUCAUACUGUAUGAGACUGAUUGCUGUUUUUUUCUGGUCAUUCUUCAAUUUGCUUCCAUUUUUCUGGUAAUACAUUUUUGGAAAACCCAAUGGUGUGAGUUUUUAUAUGGGAUCGAGUUGUCAAAAAGUUGUUCACAUGUGGGCCUAUUUGAAAAAUAAUGCUUGUCCCAAAUAUGUUCAAGGCCCUGUAAAAAGAAUGGUAUAGGGUUACAUGUUCCUCCUAACUUGAUGAAAUCAUCCAUGUCUAUGAAGUACAUACACGUUUCUUUAUUACCCUAAUCCCGUCCUAUUCAUGAUAACCUUGUUGGCUACUGGGGGCCUACACUGAAAUAGAUACAAACAAAUAUGUAAGUACAAAGACAUUUGUACUAUUCACUAUUUCAGACAACACAGUUG